UUGUGCAUCUGUUCGUUAUUUGAUGGCGUACAAAUAUGAUAUUAAUUAUCAAAGUUAUAUAGAAUCUGGUUAUCAUGAACUUAGUAAGAAAGAAAAUUUCAAUUCAAGUGCAGAAAAAAUUCAUCUGUUAUGGAUUCACAAACAGAAAGUAUGUGGAAUUGUCGUCAAUGAAGACUAUCGUGAUUUGAUUCAAGCACAAGUAAAAAUGACUAAAAAGUAUUUGCACACGUUAAAUACCGAACUUAAAGCUGAAUCUAAGCAUGAUUAUCGACAAUCCAAUGUUCGACAAACAUUUGCUUCAUUCUAUGCAAUACCAUUUCAAAGUGCGAUAAUUCAAUGGAUUGAAGGUUAUCUUGUGUUGACAAAUGAUCAAACAUUUUUACAACAUCUCAAUAAUCGAUUUUACAUUGAUGGUUGUCAUUUAACACCUUUUGAAUUGCAAUUUAUUCUUUUAUCAUCUGCUAAAUUACAAACAACUUAUCGAUGUACUAUUGAAUUUCUUCUUCUUCUCUCCAGUUCAGUGUCUCAAGGUUAUCGUUUUCAUGAUACAAAAAUCUAUCAUGGAAUUCAACUUAUUGAAAGCGCCAGACAUAAAGCACUCUUUGCUAUAAAAUUAAAUGAACAUGAAGAAUCUAUCGAUAUUGAUCAGAUUUAUAAACUCAUUUUAAUGCUUCAACAUUCUUCUGAUGGUUCUGAACAGUUAGAAAAUAUGACUUUGUAUGAAUGGAUCGAUAUUGCGAAUAAGCAGAAAUGGAGUGAAAUUGGAGCUCUGAUAAAAAAAUAUGGUGAUGUUGGAUAUUAUCUUGGUUACUUGGACGAUCAUGGGCGAAAGGAUGAAGAACGAAGAAUGCGUCAAGUUUUUGAUCGUGUACAAUAUAUUCCUGAAAUUCUAAUUGCUAAAAUUUCUCAGUUUAUAGUUAAUGCAGAAGUUAAUGCGGACGAACAUUAUUUUAACACACUUCAAUUACUUUUGGAAUUAGGCAAUGAUUUUUCUGAUUUAGAGGUAAAUUCGGAAAAACGUCCAUAUUUGAUAACAUGUGAAUGUGAACAACAAAAGUUUAUAAAAUUUAUUGAACAACGAAAUCCAAGAGUGUAUCAAGCACUAUUACCAAAUAGCGAACGAACAGUUGAUGAGAUGAUCAAUCUUGUUACCGGUUUACAUGAUAUUACAGAAGAAUCUAAACAAACACGUCAAUAUGAAGUCAAACGAAUCGGAAAUAUGGCUAAGACAUUACAAAAGAAUAACAAAAACGACAAGACACUUUCUGAAAGCAUGCGUCUACUAUUAGAAUAUGAUGAUUAUCUGGAAGAGUUACAUCACAUACGUUUGCGUCCAACCCAAAAAAUGGCUAUUCUCUACGCCGUUGAAAAUGAAAAGAAUGUUUUGGAACAAGUCAAUACAGGAGAAGGAAAAUCCUAUAUUAUUGCUGCUAUUGCAAUUAUUCGUUGUAAGAUUCGAUAUAAAUACGUUGACAUUAUAACAAGUUCUCCUGUGCUUGCACAACGUGAUGCUGAUGUUAUGCGAAGUCUAUAUGCUAAAUUUAAUUUAACUGUUGGACACAAUUGUGACGAAGAUGUUGAAAAGAGAAAGAAAGCUUAUGAAUCACAUAUUGUCUAUGGUGAUAUUGCUCGUUUUCAACGUGAUUAUUUACUACAUACAUUUUAUAAAAAGAAUGUACUUGGUGAUCGAACACGUGAUGCAGUUGUAGUAGAUGAAGUUGAUAAUAUGUUAUUAGACAAUGG